CUUCGGCUCGGUGUCCGGUUACUCCAGAGCCUGGUCAGGUUAGCGCUUCUGGCCCGCAGGUGGCGGCGGCGGCGGCGGAAGUGACGCACGCGCGGUGCCCGGCGUUAGAAAGAAAGAUGGCGGCGCUGGCGCUGGACCAGGGGGAAGGGCAGGGACGGCGGGGGCCGCAGCCACCCCAGCAGCCGGCGAGCAGGCUCCCCCCACGCUGGCCUCCUCGAGCUGCCCCGGCCCCGGCCUGGAGGGAGGAGCUCCUCUAGAGGUGAGCAGCGGCGGCGGCGGCGGCGGGGGAGGAGGAGGGCGCAGUCUUCAUGGCCUGGACAGCCCCGGGUCUUCCCUCUUCGGCCGAAUCCCGGGACGCCAGCUGAUACCCAUGGCCGAGGUGCUUUUUCUGCUGCAGACGCCAGUCCACUCGUAACUGGACCGAGACCACCAAGGUGAUUCAUGGCAGGGGACGUGGAAGGGUUUAGUUCCUCCAUCCAUGACACCAGUGUCUCUGCUGGGUUCAGAGCACUGUAUGAGGAGGGAUUGCUUCUUGAUGUCACACUUGUCAUUGAAGAUCACCAAUUCCAGGCCCAUAAAGCACUCCUUGCCACCCAGAGUGACUACUUCAGGAUAAUGUUCACAGCUGACAUGAGGGAGCGAGAUCAGGACAAAAUUCAUUUGAAAGGUCUGACUGCUACAGGCUUCAGCCAUGUCCUACAAUUCAUGUACUAUGGAACUAUAGAACUGAGUAUGAAUACUGUUCAUGAAAUCCUGCAGGCUGCCAUGUAUGUUCAACUUAUAGAAGUGGUGAAGUUCUGCUGCUCUUUUCUGUUAGCCAAAAUCUGCUUAGAAAAUUGUGCAGAAAUUAUGAGACUCUUAGAUGAUUUUGGUGUAAACAUCGAGGGAGUCAGGGAGAAGUUGGACUCCUUUCUGCUAGAGAACUUUGUGCCACUAAUGUCAAGACCUGACUUCCUGUCCUAUCUGAGCUUUGAAAAGCUUAUGUCUUAUUUGGAUAAUGACCGCCUGAGCAGGUUCCCAGAGAUAGAACUGUACGAGGCUGUUCAGUCUUGGCUGCGGCAUGAUAGAAGACGCUGGAGACAUACCGAUACCAUCAUUCAGAACAUCAGGUUUUGUUUGAUGACCCCAUCCAGUGUUUUUGAGAAGGUUAAGACAUCAGAAUUUUAUAGAUACUCUCGGCAGCUACGACAUGAAGUUGACCAAGCAUUGAAUUACUUUCAUAGUGUUCACCAGCAGCCUUUGAUGGAAAUGAAAUCCAGCCGCAUCCGUUCUGCCAAACCCCAGACUGCAGUAUUCAGAGGAAUGAUAGGACAUAGCAUGGUAAAUAGUAAAAUUCUUCUUUUACACAAACCACGGGUCUGGUGGGAGCUGGAAGGUCCACAAGUACCUCUACGACCAGACUGCCUUGCCAUCGUGAAUAACUUUGUGUUCUUGUUAGGCGGGGAAGAACUGGGGCCGGAUGGUGAAUUCCAUGCUUCCUCCAAAGUGUUCAGGUAUGACCCAAGACAGAAUACUUGGUUGAGAAUGGCAGAUAUGUCUGUGCCACGUUCAGAAUUUGCAGUUGGCGUUAUCGGUAGGUACAUCUAUGCUGUGGCUGGAAGAACAAGAGAUGAGACAUUUUAUUCAACGGAGCGUUAUGACAUCACUGAGGACAAAUGGGAAUUUGUGGAUCCUUAUCCAGUCAAUAAAUAUGGACACGAGGGGACAGUGCUUAGUAACAAGUUGUUCAUCACUGGUGGAAUUACCUCAUCUUCUACUUCCAAACAAGUGUGUGUAUUUGAUCCUAGUAAAGAAGGGACAGUGGAACACCGAACAAGAAGAACUCAAGUAGUUACUAAUUGUUGGGAGAAUAAGUGCAAAAUGAAUUAUGCGAGAUGCUUUCACAAAAUGAUCUCUUACAACGGUAAGCUUUAUGUGUUUGGUGGUGUCUGCGUGAUCUUAAGGGCCUCUUUUGAGUCACAAGGAUGCCCUUCCACAGAAGUUUAUGACCCGGACGCUGAUCAGUGGACUAUCUUGGCAUCAAUGCCGAUUGGUAGAAGUGGUCAUGGUGUAGCCGUACUGGACAAACAAAUAAUGGUUCUUGGAGGCCUUUGCUAUAAUGGUCAUUACAGUGAUUCUAUUCUCACGUUUGAUCCAGAAGAAAAUAAAUGGAAAGAAGAUGAGUACCCACGGAUGCCCUGUAAACUCGAUGGCUUACAAGUAUGCAGCCUGCAUUUUCCUGAAUAUGUAUUAGAGCAUGUUAGACGUUGCAGCUAAAAAUGUACAUCUCCCUUAAAAGAAAGAAAGCAAAGCGUAGUAUUUAAGGCUCUUAAGUACUUGUUGGUGUUGUAGUAGUUACUAAAUGCAUAAAGAGAAACAGGGAAUGCACCUCACCAGUUUUACUAGCAAUGCCAUUGUUAUGGUACUGUAAAAUUUUCUUUUCUCCUUGCAUUUUCCCCCCUUUCAGUGGCCUCAUGAGCUCAUGCAGUUAAUUCAUUCUAGAAAAUAGCAGUUACACUUAUAACCUCUGGAAGCAGUUGAAUAGAGUGAUCCAUUUGUCAGGAAAGUUGAUUUUAUACCUUAAAAAAACAUUUUAAAGUGUCAAGGUAGGAUUUGGUAGUCUUCUGGAAGAAGACCUACCUUCAAGUGUCAUUUAAAGUGAUUUCAGUCAUUUCUUCUAUCUAAAGUCUUUUGGAUUGCUCAUUAUGUCAAUGUUUCACUUUUGGUUUUGUCAUACAAACAGCUUAAAACUUAACUUUUUGCAUGGCUUUUGUAUAGUAGUCUGCUGAAAAUGCAAAAAUAUAAAUUUUCUACUAAAUUAACAACUUUUUAUACUCAAAACACUAUUUCUAUGCUGCCUUCUAUUGUCUGCAUUGUGUUUGUAAGUGAAGAAAAUAUAUGCACAUGUGAAUACAUAAUAAAAUAUAUACAGUGCAUCUUUUUGUGUGGUUAGGAUCUUACAUUUUUAAUUAGUGCACAAAUUGUCAGUCAUACUUGUUGAGUUUUAGAUGUAGUAACAUCUUUUCAUGUAUUAAUAUUUAAAAAAAAUUAAAGUAACUGGAGGCCUCAUUUGGUAUCAAAGUACCCUCUCUUUGAUACAUACUGAUUGAUUCAGUAACAUUUCAACUCUUUAUAUUCAUGAUACAUAUAUAAACUCACGAAGAUAAAGAUUUUAUAUUUAUUUAAAAAGUAAAUAUUAAGGUAAACCACAUCAAUGUUUGUCUUUCACUUUUGAAUAUGUUUCUCUUUUCAAUACAUUUGAAUGUCAUUCUACUUGUAGUGAGAACUGGAUAUGUGUAAGCCCUAAUUCUGCAGUGUGCAAGCACUUUUUACCACUCCAGAGGUGGUUAUACUCUACUGUAUGUAAUGAGAUUCAGUAGUGGUAUUACUUAUAGUUUGUAUUUGAAUCUAAUAAUAAUUUUCAGGUAUCAUCCAAGGGUGUUGGAUUAUGAAAAUGAGAAACAUAAAUUUUAAAACAGGCCAUAUUUACCAUUUCUUUAUUGAGAGAAAUAAUAAAAUGUCAGCAGCUAUUAUCUUUAUCUUCAUGCCCUUUCUUCCUUUAGAAGGUUUUUGGUGAUAUCACAUACAUAAUUAAAACACCUUAAAGAUAAGUUUGACUUCCAUUUCCUUCCCUCUCCUCCCUCCAUCCCCACUCCUGCCAAAGUGGGGCUGAGUACUUCUGUUAGAGAUCCCUUAGAGAUUUAGAACUUAAUCCUAAUUGCAGACAUUAUGAACAAACUAUUAUCGGACUAACAGUUAUUUCCUCAAGCUUUUCUUAUGAAUUUUACCAGCUUAUUUUUUUCUUCCAUACUAUCUGGUGGUAUUGGUGAUGGACCCUCAUCUUCUGUCUCUUGUACUAAAGUACCGCGGUCAUGAAGAAUCAUGACCCUAAAGUUAGAGAAUGAGCAAGAACAGUUUUUAAAAAUACAUUUAUUAAGAAGGGUGCUUUAGGACUAAAUGUACCUUUUAAUUAUUUAAGCUCAAAUAGAAUUAUUUAGUUGAGUGUGACCUGGGAAAUUUGCUUCCUGUAGCAUGCCGUGGCCAAAUUGAUGUCAUCUUUUUCAUCCUCUCAUUGGCCUUCAGUAGGCCGUGCCCGCCCCGGCAAGUGUAAGAUGUAAGACAUUUGUGCAAUAUUACAGUGCUGUUAUGUAAAUUUUCUAGUUUUAUACAAGUUUUGAUUGCUGCCAUCGUUGAAAGUAAUGUGGCGAGGUGAAAGAACUUCCAAAGAAGAAACUUCCUGGUAACUCCUCCCCUGCCCCCCAAUCCAACAUAGAUUAUACUGUGAAGUAAAAUCUGGCUUAGAAAUACCAAAAUUGUUCAUUUUUUGUGAGUAACAAGCAGUAAGGUAAACUAACCUUUAAUUUGAGAAAAGUCAUUAUUAAUCUUUUAUAAUUCAAACAACGACAAAGUCUAUGACUCAGCAAGACAUAAUCUGAAACUGUUCAUCUGAGAGCACAGCUUGCAAAGAAGUUUUAGCUUUAGGAUGUGAUUCUUUAUUUCUUUUCAGUUUCUAGGAAAUAAAUUGAUCAUUGCUUUUCCAGGGUUAUGUACACAAGAGCCUUCUUCAUCUUUUUAAAAAAUAGACAAGUUCCUGACAUCUUAAUAUUUACUAAAGUUUUACCUUUUCCUUUUAGUAAGAUUUUGUAAGCAGACUGUCUUGGUAAGGUGGUGGGUUUUUUUUUUUUCCCCUCUAAAACUGCUAAAAGUUUUUCUUCCUAGCUAAAUGCAAACUGAGAAGAGUUUCUUCUUUUUAUACUCUUGAUAUCUUUCCUUCAUCUUUGUGACUUUACAAGUGCUCCAUCUUGUUAUAGAUGAAGAAAACAAGGAAAGAUAAACACAUUUGAUUCUGGUGCCUACAUCCAGGGUUUUUCUAACUGUAAGUGUAUUUUUGUUCUGCUUUUGCUGUUUUCCUGCUUAGCUAUGACUUGAUAGCCAUUGUUAGGGAGAGAUCAGAGAAAAUAGUCAAGUCCAUAUGCUUGAUAUUUUAUAUUAAAGGAAAUAAGGCCAAGAUUAUAAAACAAAUGUCUGUGAAAUCCUAGCUUGAACGAUGGAGUUCAGUCUCAUGAAAGUCUUUUCUAAGCUGAUGUUAGUGGUAAUCAGUUUUGAGCAUUAAGAAUAAUUGAUGUUUGCUUGGGUUCUGAAUGUAUAAUGUCUGAGAGAGAACUUUAGCUAUGUAUAUUUAUAUUUCUAAUGGAGAUUAUUUUAAGUCCAUAACUAAUUUACAUUCCCUUAUAAAAUUGUGAUUUAACUGUAGAGAUUUAUUUUUGUUAAACUAUAGGAAUGGUUUUCAUAAGGAUUUUUUCAAGUUUAUUUUAUUUUAUGGUUUUUUUGUCCCCCAGAACCAUUUGUGUAUUUUUAUCAGUAUAUGUUAUGCCUAUGCUCAAAACAGUGUUUUUUAAAAGUACAGAUAAGAGAUUCGAAACUAUACAGUGUCACUAUUAUGAUUGUUCCACGUAAUGUAAGUAAUUACAUUGAUGUCAGUAAACUUUUAAAAAUUUGACAAAUAGGUCAUUUUUAUUUGCCCUUCUUUAUCAGACAAUUUGUUUCCUUGCACUUCUUCAGUCUUCCUUUUCAUGGUAAUAUAAGUUCUGAUGUUAAUUUGCUUAAAGAAAAAAAUCUUGUAGUACAGCCUUUUCAUAAAUACAAAGCUUUCCCACUGAAGCUUUCUUCUUUUUAAAGAUGUGAUUAGGAGAAAUACUACUGGUUUUUAAAAACAGUUUAAUUAAUAAUUAUUUUUUCCUGAAACAAUUUUCUAUUCCUUCGUCAUACCCUGCACCUUGCUAGAGUUAAGGUAGUAAAUUGUGAAAUAUUGACCGAGCCCUUCUCUAACCCUCUUUAAACUUGUACCUUCUGAUGCCUCAUUCUAGAAAGCAUGCUGUCCUGAUGUUAAAAGGCACACUUAUCUAGUGUGUGAAGUAAUAAAGUAAGAAACGGAUGGAAAAGUUUUUCUUAAGUGAAAUUAAACUUUAGAACAUUUUAUAAUGAAUUAUUUGAGAUAAGUACUCUCCUAGAAAUGUUAAAUAUUCAGUGGGCUCUUCAUUUUUAUAUCUGUAUAUGUGGUGUUAGGUCAUAACAUUUCAGUUUAAUAAGCUAUCAGAAAUUUUUGGAGAAUCUAUGAUUUGAAAGUCUCAACAAAAAAUAAAAACAUUAAUAUAGGCCAAGAUGUAAAUUAGACAUCAUUGAGAAAUAUUUAGCAGUCCGCGAUGAAAAUGUAUUGUUAAUGGCGGCUUUCUUAGGUCACUCGGCCUAACCAUCCAUUUUCAGUCUUGUUUGCACAUAUAGCCACUUUUAGGAAUCAUGAGCUCAAUUGUAUCUUUAGAUUAACUUGGUUUGAAGGAGGGGACCCCAAAAAUUAAAGAACUUCCCCUUAAACAAGAAAGUACUGAAAUUUAGUCAAACAACCGAUAGAAUUCAAUGUUAAAGUAAGAGUAGAGUGAAGUCAUAGAUAAACUCCUAACAGUGCUUUAAUAUAACUUAAAUACUAAUAAUAUAAGCUAUAAUAAUACUGAGAAAAUUCCAUUUUCUACUUUUUGGUUUUGUUUCCUAUUGAUACUUUUGAAUUAUUUUAUACACCUUUGAAAAUAAUGAUCAUAGAUUGAAGAAUUCUAUUAAUCUCGUGUUACCAGUAUGCCAGUGAGGGACGGGUAUUUGCUUUCUAAAAGAAUGUUUCCAAUAAGGUAAUUGGAGAAGUUAUUUUCUACCUAGCCUGUAUGCACCAUGGCUCUUGGGCAUACAUUGUCUAUAGAAAUAUUUUGAGCUUUUAUGUACGUUUUGGGCUAGUAGUCUUAACAGCAACCCCAGGGUUGUUAUAAAAUUCUUAGAAUAAUUUAAGGUUUGCCUUUUAUAACUGUUUUGAAAAGCCUUUACAUUUUUGUCAGGUAAUUUUCCCAAACUGUGGAUACAAUCUGUUCAGACAUAUAUGUAUAUGUUAUCCAUUCUGUUUUUAAAUUGAAAAAAAAAAUGUAAAAAGUGUGUAUAAAGAAAUUGUAAAUAAAAUAUUUUUA